UUAGAUUCUUUCAAUGAUUUAUAUACUUCCUAUGUCAUCUUUUGUAUCCUCCUCAUGUCUGUGGUGAUACUAAUAAUAAGUAUCUUCAACGUUGAAUUUUAUGCAGUUGUGCCAUCGAUACCAUGCUCCCGAUUAGCACUGAUAGGAAAAAUUAUUCAUCCUCAGCAAGUUAUCCAUUCAGUCGUUCAUGCUGUAAUGGGAAUGUUGGUGGCUUGGUGCGCUGCAGUUAUGACAAAAGGGAAGUUCCAGUUUCUUGCUGUGCCCUGCACGCCUUCAGAAAGCCUAGAUGAUGCUGUUCCUCAGAUGUGCCUAAAUGAGUACCACCUCUUUUUUCUACUUUCUGGAGCUUUCAUGGGAUACAGUUAUAGUCUUUUGUAUCUUAUUAACAAUAUGAAUUAUUUGCCAUUUCCAAUCAUACAGCAAUACAAGUACUUACGUUUCAGGAGAUCUUUGCCUCUCCUCAUUAAACACAGUUGUGUGGAGUCGCUAUACUUUGUUAGAAACUUCUGUGUUGCAUACUACUUUUUCGGUUACAUCCCAAAGGUGUGGAUAAGUACCACAAUGGAUCUUCAUAUAGACAGCAAAUUGCAUCCUCUUGACACUCUGACCGGCUUACUGGAUCUCUCUUUGUUUUACCAUGACUGGUUAUGUGGCGUAUUUCUUCUGAUUACCUGGUACAUUGCGUGGUUACUCUUCAAAAUCUAUGUGACAGAGACGCACCAUUUUCCUGUCCAGCCAACUUUUGCUGAGGAGACAGAUCAGUGCCUGCCUAAAAUCCUAAACAGCCACCCUCCUUUCAUUAUAAAGUUUUUAGCCUUGCAAGACUUGAUGUUACUUUCCCAAUAUUCUCCUGUUCGGCGGCAGGAAGUCUUUAGCCUUAGUCAGCCAGGUGGGCACCCGCACAACUGGACUGCAAUAUCAAGGGAGUGUUUGAGUCUUCUGAGUGAUCUGACCCAGAGGCUGAUCACACAGCAGGAUGCUGCAGCAGCAAAUGGGAGAGCAAAGCAGCCAGCAGGAGAGCUGAAAGUAUCUCCACAGACUCCAGGAGCUGUUGUGGCAGAAGACAUGUCUUUCCAGUCACAGAGGACUAACAUCGUUCCCAGAGCCUCCAUGUCUUCACUGGUUAAAUCAUCCCUAAUGCCUUUAAAGACAUCGUCUGGGUCUGAUGUUGGUUCGCCUUUCAGCUCACCUGCUUUAAAUUGCAAGAUGGGAAUUCUGGAUGUAAACUCCCCUUGGCAUGGAUCAGUCCAGAGUCCUCAGGUUACGAGAAGGGGACCAAAGCUGUGGACGUCGGGUUCAGAUCUGCAAAUGAAUGGUUCCCACCACGAAUCCUUCCCAGUGCUCUCUGCUGCGAGAGCUGGCAGUGAGGCAGUACAGCCAAGCUUUAUUUACACGUGGCUUCAGAACAAGCAAGAACAGAUAAAAAACUUCUUGUCAAAACGAGUGCUGAUAAUGUAUUUCUUCAGCAAGCACCCAGAAGCCUCCAUCCAGGCGGUCUUCUCUGAUACGCAAAUGCACAUCUGGGCUUUGGAAGGUUUAUCUCAUUUGGUAGCUGCCUCCUUUACUGAAGACCAAUUUGGAGUUGUCCAAACUACUUUGCCAGCUAUCCUGACUACUUUACUGACUCUUCAGGAGGUUGUAGACAGACAUUUCAAACUGCCUCAUGUUUCUAGCAAGCCCCCUAGGAUUUCAGGAAGUCUGGUCGACACAUCCUACAAAACGCUACGAUUUGCACUUAGAGCAUCUCUGAAAACAGCACUGUACCGGAUAACUACUGUCUUUGGAGAACACUUAAAUGCAGUGCAAGUGUCUACAGAACAUAAGAAAAGACUUCAGCAAUUCUUGGAAUACAAAGAAUAAAUAACAGCUUUUGAUGCAGCUAUGGUUGGGUUUUUUUCAACAGUCUUGGUAAGAAGAAAGUGGGACUAAUGAGCCUCUUGGCUUUUUGGAAAAGCGUAUGGAAGUACUAGUCACAGAGCAAAACUCUUAGAACUGUAGA